UGCGAAGAAAUCAGCCGGUGUUCCAAAAUGGAUUCAAGUGGUCGAGUUGUUGGACUUGGUAUGGAAUUAUUGAACCAAUCCAAUUAUAAUGUAUGGAAGACUUGCAUGGAAUCUUAUCUUGUUGGUGAGGACCUUUGGGAUGUUGUUGGUGGUGAUGACAUUACGGCUCUAGAAAAUAAUGAAGAAAAUGCUAAGGCCUUUAAGCAAUGGAGGCAAAAGAAUGCUAAGGCAGAAUUUGCUUUGAAGAGGUCUAUUUCUCAUGGAAUGUUUGAGCACAUAAUUUGCUACAAAUCUGCCAAUGGAAUUUUGCAAACACUAGACAGGUUAUUCAACAAGAGAGAUGUGUCUCAACUACAGUUCUCGGAGAAUCAACUAGCUAAUGAUUGUCAACCUAUCUCUGAAGCUCGUAUGAAGCGGCAUAUUGUUCACGGGUUAAAGCCAGAGUACAUUGCUUAUGUCACCUCGCUUCAAGGGUGGGCUCAACAACCAUCCUUGGAAGAGUCUAAAAAUCUCUUGUCCUCACAAGAGUCUUUGGCCGAGCAAAUGGCAAGUUUAUCUAUGACUUAUCAAGAUGGUGGUGUUGACAAUAAAAAUGUCCAUGUAGCUAAGAAAAGGAAAAACUUCAACUCAAAAGAAAAGAAAGAUGGUGCAGAAUCUAGAGUUGGUGCCUUUGAUUCUUCAAAUUUCAAGAAGAAAAACUUUAGAUGUUAUCGGUGUGGUGGUGAUAAACAGGGUUCUUCUCAAAGCAAUGAAGAAGACUGGGGAAAGUGUUUCAUGGCCAGAAUUGCAUCCAAUCCUACUUUAAUUGAUUUUAAGAAUGAUUGGAUCAUAGAUUCUGGUUGUGUUCAUCAUGUGACUGGUGAUGCUUCCAAGUUCUCAAGUCUCCAUCUUUAUAAAGGCAAAGAUGCAAUUAUCAUAACUGACAACACGGUUCACUCUGUGGAAAAAGAGGGGACAAUUAUUCUCGGUGGAUACAAGGAAAAGUUCGUUACACUCAAUAAUGUGUAUCAUGUCCUAGAAUUAAAAGCUGAUGUUGUUCAUGUUGGUAAAAGAAUUGAUGAUGUAUUCACUUGGGUUUAUUUUGUGAAGAAGAAAUCAGAAGUUUUCCUCAAAUUUCAAGAGUUCAAGGAAACUGUUGAACGAGCUCUUGGAAGGAAAAUCAAAUGGCUUCAAACUGACAAUGGAGGUGAAUUUACUUCUGAUGCUUUUAAUUCCUUUUGUCGUAGUGAAGGGAUAAGAAGAGAACUCUCUUGUGCUCACACUUUGCAGCAAAAUGGAGUGGCAGAGAGGAAAAUUAGACAUCUUGCGGAAACUUGUAGAAGCUGGUCACAUGCAAAAAAUCUGCCAAAAGAAUUAUGGGCAAAAGGAAUGAAAUGUGUAGCUUAUGUGAUCAGCAGGGUGCCACUUAGUCCAACCAACAUGAAGUCUUCUUAUGAGUUGAUGUUUGGUGAGAAGCACAAUGUUAGGCGCUUCAAAAUUUUUGGCUCUAUCUGUUUUGUCCAUGUGCUAGAUUCUCAAAGAAACAAGUUUGAUGCCAAGGCUAGAAAGUGCAUUUUUGUUGGCUAUGAUGAACAAAAAAAGGGCUGGAAAUGCAUGGAUCCUAUCUCUCACAAGUUUGUUGUGUCAAGAGGUGUGGUUUUUAAUCAAAUUUCAUCCUACUAUGGUUCUACUAAGGAUUUGGAGCCUAAAGUUACAAGUUUUCCUUUCACAUCAAAUUCAAAUUCAUUUGCUUCACAGGAAAAGCAUGGUGAAAGGGGGAGCUCCAGUUCAAGUGCAAAUGGACCAUCUGACGAUGAAGUUCCUUUGUGCUUUGAAAGGAAAAAGGUGUCAAAAAUUAAGCGUAAUGUUGAUGGGAGCAUAGACAGAUAUAAAGCAAGGCUGGUUGCUCAUGGAUUUUCUCAAAAGUAUGGAGAAGAUUAUGAAGAAACUUUUAGUCAUGUUGCCAAGAUGACUUCAGUUUGUACAAUAUUAGCUCUUGUAGCCUCUCAAAAUUGGAAGUUGUGGCAACUUGAUGUCAAAAAUGCUUUUCUAUAUGGAGAGCUUGAUAAAGACAUUUACAUGGAGCAACCACCAGCCUAUGUUGCCAAUUCUCAUCCAGACUUUGUUUGCAAACUCAAGAAAGCUCUUUAUGGGCUAAAGCAAGUGCCAAGGGCUUGGUAUGGAAAAAUGGCUCAAUAUUUGCAAUUUUGUGGUUAUCUUGCUUUAGAUUCUUAUCAUAGUUUAUUUGUGAAAAAGCAAUCUAGCUUGCAUGUUAUAGUUCUGCUAUAUGUGGAUGACAUAAUAAUAAUAGGAAAUGAUGAAGAAGAAAUUGCAAGACUACAAGAAGAGCUCUCUAUUCUUUUUGACAUGAAAAAUCUAGGAGAGUUAAAUCAUUUUCUCGAUUUAGAAGUUGAAAGUUUGGAAAAUGGAAUUUUUGUAACUCAAAGAAAUUAUGCAAAAAAGCUUGUUGCAAAGUUUGGCUUGAAGGAAGGAAAAAAGCACUCUACUUCGCUUGACAUAAAUACCAAGCUAAGGCGUGAUGAAGGCUCCUUGUUGUCUAAUCCUCAACCUUAUCAUGCUCUUGUUGGAAAUUUGAUUUCUUUGACUAUAACAAGGCCAAAUAUUGCAUUUUCUGUUGGUCUUGUUAGUAGGUUCAUGCAAUCACCUCGAAAGCCACAUCUUGAGGCUGUGAAGAAGAUUUUGAAGUAUGUCAAUACCACCCUUGACAUGGGAUUGUUCUACAAGAAAGGAGCAAACUUUUCUCUACUUGGUUUCACAGAUGUUGAUUUUGGUGGAGCUUUGGAUAAUCGCAAAUCGACAUCUGGUUAUGUGUGGGACUGGUAUUUCUUGGUGUAGUAAGAAAAAAGAUUCAGUUUCUUUGUCAACUACUGAAGCAGAAUAUAAGGCUUCUACUCAUGUAGCUCAAGAAUGUGUUUCGCUUUGAAGGCUCAUUGAGGAUCUUGAUUCUCCUAUUCAAGGUUCAACCAGCCUUUAUGGAGAUAAUCAAAGUGCUAUUAGGCU